AUGUCAGAGAAAUCAAGUAGCUCAGUGGCUCCACCACCAGUCAAGUACAUUUCAUUCAACGCAAAGUACAUUUCGUUUGCUCAUACGCUCUUUGCGAGUCUGUCAUUUCUUGCCGCGUUGGCGGUAGGGUGUUAUUUGCAUUAUUAUAAAAUCGUUGAGAAUGCAUCAUUCGGAUAUCCUGAUGAAUGGUUUCCUAGUGUUUCAGCAACAAUUGGAGAUAGAUAUCCUGAGAGGUCAGUAUUUCAAAUUGUGAUUGCCAUGACAGCAGGGCCCAGAUUCUUACUCCUUGCUUUCAAUUUCCUCAGCUUAUACAAGGCAAAAUCAUAUUUGCCUUAUAUUGCCUUAAUCGCUGGACUUUUAAGAACACUCACUGCUGGUGGUUGGAUGUACAUCACAUCCACAGAUGACCAUGAUGCGCAUGAUGUCUUUAUGAUUGGUUAUAUUGUUUUGACUAUCCCGUGGGAUGUGUGCACAACUUUGUUAUCUCCCAAGGGUUCUUGGCAAAGAAAAGCUAGGUUCUACACCGGUGUCAGCUUUUUCGGUACUUUGGUUCCGUUGAUUUAUUGGUUUAUUCAGCAUAAAGUACAUGUAAGACCUGGUGCUUAUUCGGUUUAUGCAUAUUUCGAAUGGUCACUUAUUGGGUUAGACAUUCUCUUCGACGCAUGGUCAGCCUUAGAUUAUAGAGAUAUCGAAGUCACCAUUUCUGGCGAAGGAUUGAAGUUGGUAUCGGGGCAAAAAAAAAAGACCAUGCAAGAGACUCCUAUAAAAUCUGCUAACCCAGAAGGUAAGGAAGAGUUUUCCAACUUUGAAGUUGCCGCCAACUUUAUCAACUCGUACAUGUACUGGACGGUUUUAACAUCCUUAUUUUUGUGUGUCUGGUAUUUCCCAUUGUGGUAUAUGGGUAUUUCCGGUUACGAGGCGGUAGUUGUGUCCAUCUUCUUGUCGCCAUUGUUGUUGCUUCCAAGAAGCUUGAGGGUUUAUCUCGCUCAAAAUCCACAAUUCACCAGAUCGUUAACAGUAAUCUGUGGAAUCGGUGCAUACAAGUUUGAAGAUCCCGAACAGAAACUAUUGGCCAUAACAGCGGGAACUGUGUUUGGUAUCGUAUCGACUGUGAAUGAGUUUUGGGCAUUAUCAACUCAUCCGAAAAAGUUGAACUCUUACAUUGCAACCUUUGUUUUAGGGCUUUUAGCCACAUCAACUUUCAAGUUCUUAUUUUACUCAAACAAUCCUAUUUGGCCAAUCAUGCACAAGGAAAAUGGCGGGUACAACCCAUUAGGAUUAUUUAUUGGACUACUUGGAGCUUUCUAUACGCCAGUAUUGGACAAAAAUGGCUCAUCAAGUUCUACUUUUCCAAAGAAUGCUGGUGGGUCUCUUUUAUUGGGUGCAAUGGGAUUUGGUGGUUACUAUUUUGCAUUGCAAGCAUUAUUGUCGGAUUCUGGUACAUUGGCACUUUGGACUUGGGAAGGGUUCCCAAUACGAGGGCCAACCCCUGUAACAGGUGCAUUUCCUCAUAUUUUAACGUUUGCAGUUUCUCUUCUUGUCACUUUGAAAGUACACCCAAAUAUUUUUAGCAGCUGGGGAUACAAUAUUGUCGUGGGAGGUGGAAGUGCAAUUGCAUUUUACUUUUUAAAACAUUGGGCCGGUUUCAUUGGUACUUUGGUUUUUGUUUUCUACAUUGUGUCAAUUGGUCCCCUUAUUUUGCAUUCCAUAACUGGCUACAACCCAGCAAUUGUAUUUUUCCUUGGGUACUUUUUAAACAUUUUGGUAUCAUUAGCCAGUGUUUGGAUUGUGGCUUAUGCAUUUGUUCCCGGUGGCCCAUUAUUGAGGGAAAGAACCGACAUAGUCUUAGCCUCUGCUGUUCUUAUGGUUUUUGCAGGAAUCGCCAAUUACAAGUUAAGAAAGAGCGAGGUUACCAAAAUCAAUUUCUACAGCGGGAAAACUUUCAAGCAGAUAUCAACAAUAAUCACUGUGCUUCUAGCGUUGGCCUUGACUACAGCCAUCAAAAGAUGGCCAACUGGGUUAGGUAAGCCAUAUCAUCCAGAGACAGAAACUUUCACUGCGGGAAUCUGGUGUGUCCAUUUCGGAUUGGACAAUGACAUGUGGUCGUCGGAAACAAGAAUGAGAGACCUUAUAAGAGAUGCUGAAUUAGACAUUAUUGGACUCUUGGAAACAGACACGCAAAGAUUAAUUGGUGGAAAUAGAGACUUUACACAAAAGAUUGCUGAGGACUUAGGAAUGUAUGUUGAUUACGGCCCUGGCCCCAAUAAGCACACCUGGGGAGCAGCAUUAUUAUCCAAAUUCCCCAUUAUUCAAUCAACACAUCAUCUUUUGCCUUCUCCUGUUGGUGAAUUAGCGCCUGCUAUUCACGCGACGUUGGAUAUUUAUGGCAAUUUAGUUGACGUUGUUGUCUUCCAUUCGGGUCAAGAGGAAGAUGUCGAAGAUCGUAGGUUACAAAGUUUAGGAGUCGAGGAAAUUAUGGCUAGCUCAGAAAGACCGUUGGUGUUGUUGAGUUAUUUGGUCACCGAUCCAUUAGUUGGCAACUACCAUACCUAUGUGUCGGAAAAGUCGAGGAUGCAUGAUAUUGAUUCGACAGACUGGGAUCGUUGGUGUGAGUACAUUCUUUUCCGAGACUUGAGAAAGGUUGCUUACGCAAGAAUCUCAAGAUCAACAAUAACUGAUACCGAAUUGCAAAUUGCCAAGUUUGGAUUUGGUGGAUUUGAAAAUCACGAUUACCAUUUUGUUGAUGAGGAUUCAGUGGAUGAGAGUUUGAGGAUGCCACACAUUUUUAGAGGUGAUGGAGUGAGAGGACAUAGGUACCAUGUGUUUGAUGAGCCAAGGUAUUUUGCCCCUGUAUUAUAG